AUGUCAAUUAUGUCACAAUCAUCGAAUAUGUCAAUAUUUUCGGAAACUUCAACAGUGUCUACUGUUGAAUCACCACCACCACAAAAGAAAAAAAGGAAAACAGAAGAUGGACAUCAAUCUGAUGCAUAUUGGGUUCUUGGUUUACAUUGUCCACUAUGUAGGGAAAAACAUAUGAGUUUGCGAGAUCCAUGGAUUCCUCUCAUCAAGGUAUUAGAAGCUUAUCCUGAAAAUUCAGAACUGAUUCAGGAGUUAAAGACUCAAUGCUUCACAUCACCUAUCCCUUGGAACAAUACCCUUAAAUUCCCGGAUAAAAGCAUAGUAGUGGAGGCAUAG